AUGGAGCGGCUGUCGGUGCCGCCCCGCGGCGGCCGCGCGGUGGACGAGUACCUGGAGUACCGGAGAAUUGUUGGUGAAGAUGAUGGAGGGAAACUUUUCACUCCUGAAGAAUAUGAAGAAUACAAAAGAAAAGUUUUACCUAUGCGCUUACAGAACAGGUUAUUUGUGAGCUGGCGGUCACCAACUGGAAUGGAUUGUAAACUAGUCGGCCCAGAGACAUUGUGCUUUUGUACACAUAGAUAUAAACAACAUAAAACUGACUUUGAAACGAUUCCCCAGCAGCGCCCCAUCAGUCUUCCUUGCCGAGUGACUGGCUGCCCAUGCAGAGCUUACCUGUAUGUCCCCUUGAAUGGCACCCAGCCCAUUCGUUGCAGAUGUAAACACUUUGCUGAUCAGCACAGCCCUGCGCCAGGCUUUGCGUGCAACGCAUGUGCCAAGUGUUCAGGAUUCCACAGCUGCUUCACUUGUGCUUGUGGGCAGCCGGCAUAUGCCCACGACACGGUAGUGGAAACUAAACAAGAAAGACUGGCGCAGGGAAAACCGGUGGGACGGGAUGUGCCCUACGCAGCAGCCGGAGGAUUAACUGGGUUCAGCUCACUGGCAGAGGGCUACAUGCGACUAGAUGACAGUGGGCUUGGUGCACCUUCAGUUGAAUUUUUAGAUUCUCCAGUUACAUCCACGGAUCACCCAUUUCUAAGAGCAUUUCAAGCACCGUCUAGUUCUUCUCCAGAAACACUAACAGAUGGUACAAGUAGUCAAGUUUCUUCCUUAAGGAGACCCGAAGAGGAUGAUAUGGCUUUCUUUGAAAGACGAUACCAGGAAAGGAUAAAAAUGGAAAAGGCCGCUAAACAGAAAGGAAAAGCUCCAUUGCCAUCAACUACAAAACAUUCAUGAACGCUACCAGAGAAAUUUAAACCAUCAUUCAAGUAUAUCUUUUUCAUGUUUAUUUAAAUAUAAUGAUACAGUUCAUUAAUAUUUUCUUCAAGUAUUUACUUUUUUUUACUAUGUAAAUAUGUCUUUUUGGAUAUGUCCUUAAUUUAAAUAAGUGAAACUACUGUACAUUACUUUUGUAAGAAUGCAUGACUUACAACUUUGUAUAUAGUUUUUCUCUGUCCUAAAAAUGAGAUUAUUUUCAGAUGAAGAACUGAAGAUACAGGAAGUAUUUUUAAUUUAUCAUAAUUUAAGUUUUUCAGGAUAUUUAAAAAAAUUAAAGAUUUUAUCAAAGGUUUUGAAGA